AAUUUUUUUAUUUUUUAUUUUCGUUUAAUGAAGUCCAAUCCCGUCAUCAUGAACAUAGCUAGUGGCGGAACUACAACGGGGCUAAGGAGGUUUCAGUACUCUCUAGCCCCUCUGGACUCGGAUUGAGAACUGGUUCCGCCACUGAAUAUAAUGUUUAUUCUUCAAACAAAAACAAAAACAAAAAAAUUACGAGAAUCACUAGAUUUGUUAUGUUUGUGAUGUCGGUGAUCAGCAUUCAUUUCAUAGAAUUUCGAUCCGGGAUUAUAUGGCUAAAUUAACAUAGUUUUUUCUUAUUUUCUUCUCUCUCUUUUUUCCGUGUGUGAAGGUCAUGUGGCCAAGAUUAAUAGCAAGUAAAAUACUGAAGAAGAGGGUGGGGAGCAAUAAUUUUGUUGCAGAUUAUCCAAGUGAUACAGAAACUUGGAUUGAGCUUCCUUCUUUAGAUCAAAAUUUUCCCAGCUUCAACUCCGACUCCUGCAUGGUACUUGACCAAGAAGAAACACAAAACUACAAGGUUUUUGUUGGGACAUGGAACGUAGGUGGAGUUGAACCAACGGAUGAUUUGAUUAUUGAUGAUUGGUUAGAAACAUGCAACAUGUCCUGUGACGUCUAUGUUUGCGGGUUCCAAGAAGUUGUGCCCUUGAGGGCUGCUAAUGUUUUUGGCGGUGAAAACAAAAAAAUUACAAUGCGAUGGAAUUCAAUCAUCAGAGAAGCAUUAAACAAAAGAAACAGGAGUGAAGAAAAAUGCAAAGAUGUGAAAUCCACUGGUGAUGAUGAUGAUGAACUUGGUGAAUUGCCCAAGUACAGAUGCAUUAUAAGCAAGCAAAUGGUUGGGAUAAUGAUUUCAGUUUGGAUCCGAAGUGAUCUUCGCUCAUUUAUAAGAAACCCUAGUGUCUCUUGUGUUGGUUGCGGACUCAUGGGAUGCCUAGGAAAUAAGGGGUCAGUAUCAGUUAGAUUUCGGUUACAUGAAACAAGCUUCUGCUUUGUGUGCAGUCAUCUAGCUUCAGGAGGAAGAGGAGGAGACGAAAAAUAUAGGAAUUCAAAUGCAGCUGAAAUUUUGUCUAGGACCAUUUUUCCUAAAGGCCCUUCUCUUGAUUUGCCCAGAAAGAUUCUUGAUCACGAUCGAGUGGUUUGGCUUGGAGAUUUGAACUACAGGAUUUCUCUACCGGAAUACGCUACCAGAGUUUUGGUGGACAAGGGAGAAUGGACUGCAUUGCUAGAAAAUGAUCAGCUAAGGACCAAACUCAAAGAUGGACAGGUUUUCCAAGGAUGGCGGGAAGGAAAUAUUGAAUUUGCCCCAACUUAUAAAUAUUGUCCCAAUUCUGAUACGUAUUAUGGCGUUUUUGGAGAAAGAAAACGUGAAAAGAAACGUUCCCCUGCAUGGUGUGACAGGAUAAUAUGGUUUGGAGAAGGAUUAAAACAAAUAUUAUAUUCAAGAGGUGAGUUGAGAUUGUCGGAUCAUAGACCAGUGAAGGCUAUUUUUAGCACAGAAGUUAGAGUACCAAGAAAGUUGAGGGAUUUCGGGAAUUUCUUUUAUUCAGAAAGAUUUGAUAAAACAGUUACCCACAGUUUGGAGCUACAUUCAACCGAUGAUCUGUUCCUCUUGUAUUGAUCAUUUCAAACCAAAUUUCUUUCUUAAUAUACUAUAGAUUUUCCUAGCUUGUAUUUUGUAGUUUGUAUCUAUGUAUUAUCUAUAUAAACAUGCACAAGUAGCAUUAAUUAUAUACAUGCCUUGUGUUUAUCAUCGUUCUAAGAUACGUACGUCAUUUCCUAUCCUAUACUAUCAAUG